AUGCUUCUGCAAUUCAACUGGGACCGUCUUGACGUGACGGCCGCAGAGGCGAUAUGCGCCCUUCUUAAUGCAAAGCUUGAGGAGGAGCUUCUGCUGCGGCGCGCUGCGAACCAAUCUGUCAAUGCAAGCGGAGGUCAAGAGACUGCGAGUGCUGACGCCGCUUGUGGCGUCGAAUCACUACGAGUUACAAACAUCGAGUGGGGAAAUGUUCCUCCCUUCAUUGAAGUAGUUGAGUUGGACGACGCUGUGGAGUUUGCCAGUAGCACCCCUCUAUCUUUUGAGGCCCCACUAGGGCAACAGGACUUUGGGGGAACCAUCUCAAGCGGUACAUGCGGCGGUGGAGCCACGACACCUUUCUUUCUUCGUCCCUCACCUGCAUCAUCUGUCACUAUGAUGGAUGGGAUUAGCGAAACGGACUCAGGCAUUGUGGGCAACCAUGGUGGGAUGCCGACUCCGUCAGUGCCGCCGGCGUCCGGGAUACGCCCGGGAAACGGCCAGUCUCCGAUCAAUAGCUCAAGCGCACCGGUGAAGGACGCCUUCGCCGCGUAUUUUGGUCCAAAGGGGUUGUACGUUUGUUUACAUGUAACAUACGGUGGACCCAUGCGGGUUUCCGUGGCCUCCGUGCUGCGACACGAUGUUCCACUGGGGCCCAUCGCCAUCCCCGUGCGGAUGCCACUGCAGUUACACUUUUCGAAAAUGGAUAUGGACUUCCACUUGUGCAUUAACUUACAUCGCAACACGUGCCGCGUAUGGAUGGAACCGGGAAAGCUAUUCACAUCACCACUUAAUAGAAUGAAUGUCAUGGCGGUGUUCGGGGAGCGGCGACCGAGUUCUCAGCACAUGGCAGAAUUUCCCACCAGCGGUCAGAACGCCGGUGACGACUUAGAUACAUCGGAUGCAUGGACGCAUGUAGGGAGCAGCCGCAUAGGCUCGGAUGAUGCAGAAGACAUGGUGUUCAUAGAUGAGAGCAUCAUAUCUCAGUUCGUUUUGAAGGAAGUACGGGCGAUUCUGCAAGAGAAGAUAAUAUACCCCCACUCUGUUGUGGUGCCACUGUCCCUUUAG